AUGAGUAAAUUUUUAUUAAUUAGUUUAAUUCCAAUAAUUUUUUAUUAUCUAUUUUUAUAUUUCUAUUGUAAUGAUGAUUAUUUACCAUUAAAAUUUGAAAAGGAUGGAUAUUUUGGUGAAGGAGAUAUUAAAUCUGAUGACAAAACAAUAAAAACAUUUAAGAUAAAUAUAAAUGACGAGGAAAUUGAUGAAUUAAAAAGACGAGUAGAGAAAUCUUUAUCUACAAAUAUUGAUUCAUUAGAAAUGACAUCAUCAGAGGCUGGCCUCAAUUCUCAAUUUAUUAAAAAUGUUUCAAUAAACUUAUUAUCCUUCAAAUGGAAUCAACAUCAAUAUUUUUUAAAUACUUUUAAACAUUAUAAAACAGAAAUAGAAGGUUUAAAAAUUCAUUUUAUUAGAAAAUCAAUUGAACCUAAAGAAAAUGAAAUAAGUAUACCAUUGUUAAUAUUACAUCCAUUUGGUAUGUCAAUAUGGGAUUAUUAUAAGAUAAUACCAAUAUUAACAAAUCCUUCAAGAUUUAAUUUUGAUUUUGGUGUUAAAAAAAAUAUUAUUUUUGAUGUUGUUAUACCAUCAAUACCAGGAUUUGGAUUUAGUGAAUCACCAAAGAAAAAAGGUUUCAGUUUUAUUGAAUGUGGUAGAGUUAUGGAUAAACUUAUGAAUAGAUUACAUAUAAAAAAAUAUUUUAUUCAUAGUGGUGGAAUUUUAAGUAAUGAUAUAGCUAAAGUUAUGAUACAUUACAAUCCAAAUAGCAUUAGAGGAGUACACUUUACUAAUCCAAAGGUUAGAUUUAAUGGAGAUGUUUAUUAUUUUGCAAAAUAUUUAAUAAGUGAAAUGUUUACUUAUGAAAGUUCGGAGAAAGGUUAUUUAACAAUUUCAGAAAAAAUAGAACAACUAAAAAAAUUUUUAUCAUUUCAUAUUCCUUUAAUAAUUCAUCCAGAUUCAAUAAGUAGAAGUUUGCAAGAUUCACCUUUAGGAUUUGCUUCAUACCUUCUUGAAUAUUGGAGUAUUGGUACAGAGUCAAUAAAUUCUCAUAAACAUUUAGAUGGUUCAUUAAUGAAACAUUAUACACUUGAUGAAUUGUUAACUGAAGUUCAUAUGUACUGGUUAACAAAAACUAUCUCGUCAUCAUUUAGAUUUUACUAUGAAACUUUUACAAAUCCUUUAUAUGACAAAAUAAGUAAAGCAAAAGUUAGUCUUCCAGUUGGUAUAAGUAUAUUCAAAAACUCUUUAUUGUCUUCUAACAAAUAUAUGUUAAAAGAUAUCUAUUUAAACAUCACAAGAUUCAGAGAUAAACUAGAUGGUGGGGAGUUUUCAAUGAUAGAGGAGUACGAAAAAGUUGUUGAAGAAAUAUUUGCCUUUGUUGAACUGGUCUUACUAUAA